CUCGCAGUUUGUGUAUUAGAGGGGUCCUUACAUGAUUUUCGGGUGUCGCACUUUUUUUUUGUUGCAACCAUUCAAUGGAAUAUGAACUGUAAAUAUUUGAAGGAUAAACAUUAAUUGCUCCAACAAUACCACUGCCAUUGCAUGGGUAGCGUUUUCCGUUAGAUACCGAAAACGUAAUUGAAUUGCACUGCUUUGACGUUGAACGACGACAGAAGUUCUCCUCCGGGAGAUUAGCUGGUGUUAGCUGGCUAGCUGCUUAUUUAAAUUGGGAUUUGUUAGCGUGCUAACGUUAGCUAGCUAGCAAACAAACCAAUUCAAGCGAGAUAAUUCAAAACAGAGAACCAUGGAGGAGUCGGCAUGCACCAUAGAGGUCACUGUAAAGACCCUGGACUCCCAGAGCCGAAGCUACACCGUCCGCGGCGGGUUAACAGUGAAGGAGUUCAAAGAACACAUAGCUGCAUCCGUGGAGAUCCCAGUGGACAAGCAGAGACUGAUCUACCAGGGCAGAGUGCUACAAGACCAGAGGACACUAAACGAGUACAAUGUGGCUGGUAAAGUGAUCCACCUGGUGGAGCGUGCUCCUCCUCAGGCCUCCCAGUCUGGUGGCGGGGGAGGAGGGGUUUCUUCAGGAGGCGCAGAGGGAGGCGCCACCUCCACAUCCCAGGGUGGCCCCCAGGACCGUAAUGGGAAUAGCUAUGUCAUGCUGGGAACCUUCAACCUGCCUGUCAACAUGCUGGACCCGCAGCAGAUACAGAUGCAAGUGCAGCAGAUGAUGGCGGGUGUUGGUGAAGCAGGACGGAGUACCAGGGUCAGCACCACCACUGGAAGCAGCGGCUCAGUGGAUGUGCAUAUCAACACGGACCAAUCAGUGCAGAGCGAGCCCAGAAUGAGGCUGCAGUUGGCUGAGAACUUGCUAAGAGAUAUCCAAUCUAUAAUCCACAGACUGGAGGGUCAGUCCAGUGAGGUGCCGUCUCAAGCUGAGCCAGAUGCGUUUCAGUCCUCGUCCUCCACGCCUGCUACUACAGGAGCUGCACAACCUAUGGACACCUCCCCUUCCGCCCCUGCUCCCCCAAUUCCCCCUCCCGCCUCCUCCACACAGACAGAGGGGGCACCCCACGCCGGGCCUAACCACCCCAGCCCAGCGGAGCUAGUGGAGGUGUUGUCAGAGGUGAGGAGGGUGGAAGAGAGGCUUCGUCCGUUCAUAGAGAGGACUCACUCCAUCUUGGGAGCUGCCACCUCUGCAGACUACAACAACAAUACCCAGGGCAGAGAGGAGGACCAGCGGGUGCUGAACCUGGUUGGGGAGUCUCUACGUCUCCUUGGAAACACCCUGGUCACCCUUAGUGACCUGCGUUGUAACCUGGCGUCUCCUCCCCGCCGCCACCUCCACGUGGUUCGACCCAUAUCCCACUACAGCUCCCCCAUCCUGCUCCAGGGUGGUACGCCCCACCACGGCCCCAUUCCAAUAAACCUUGGAAACCUAGGGAAUCUUGGAAAUCUGGCCAACCUUGGGAACAUGGGGACCACGGUGACCGUGACAUCCAACGGGAGGCAGGCAGCCGAGGGCCAGCCUCAACCCUCUCAGUCUCCUGGCCAAUCAGAGGGCCAGGCGCCGCCUACGCAUUUCAAUGGAGCCAAUCAGCAGUCGGGCCAGGGGGCUCCUCGUGUGAUCCGAAUCACCCAUCAGACCAUGGAGCCUAUGGUCAUGAUGCAAAUGAACCUGGACGAUUCAGGCAGCAGUGCUCAGGUCCAAGGACAACAGAUUUCUACGGGCACAGCACAUCCUGGUGCGACCCCAGUCCACAUCCCAGGCCUUCCUCCAGAGUUCAUGCAGGCCAUCGUCCACCAGAUCUCCCAGCAGGCUGCAGCCAUGGCCGCCGCUGCCGCCGCUGGCCAGCCAGGGGUGGGAACCACCCCGGGCUCGGACCCCUCUGCCCCCCCUCACAGCACACUGCCCCCGGGGGCCAGGGUGGUGAUCACGAGGCCCUCGUUUUCUCCCCAAGUCCCCCAACCCGUCGGCACCAGGGGUACCAGUGUAAACCUCGGAGCUUCGGUGCCCCCUGCUGGCGGAGAGCCCAACCUACAGGGCAUGCCCCCGGCGCCCUCUCCCCUGACUCAGAUGAUCAGUGGCCUGGUCGGACAGCUCCUGAUGCCUGGCCAACAAAUGCAGGGCCAGGUGCCAGGACCAAUGCCAGGGCAGGUACCAGGGCAGCAAGUUCCUCCAGAUGACCAGACCUCCACUCCUCCUUCACACUCCUUCUCUUUCUCCACCUCGUCCUCUUCAUCCUCUUCUGCCUCCUCCUCCUUCUCCUCCUCGUCUACCUCCUCCUCCUCCAAUCCUCUCCCUCCCCACCAACCCUGUGGGGCAAAUACCUCUGGCCAGACGUCCACCCAUACUACAAGCACAACCUCCAUGGGCCAGCCACCGGAUGGGGUCCCAGAGGCCAACAUAGCCCAGAUCCUUGGCUCCCUGCUCAGGGGAGGUGGUCUACAGGGGGCCCCUGGUUCUGGAUCCAACCCACACAUUACUGUGACUGUACCCGGAGUCCCAGGGUUCUUCCAGGGCAUGUCUGACUUCAUUCAGGCUAACCAACCCAUCUUCUCUCGACCCUCAUCUGCACCCCCACCCGGCCAGGACCCUCCCUCAGGCCAAGGCCCUGGCGCCCCUCCCCCUCACACCACCCCCAGAGGUGGAGAGGACCCCUCCCUGAGCCCGGAGCUGUUCACGGGUAUUGUCCAGGGGGUCCUCUCCACCAUGAUGGGCUCUCUGGGGGCUCCGCAGGGAAACGGGGAGAGCAUUGCUCAGUUCAUCCAGAGGCUGUCUCAGACCACCAAUCUCUUCACCCCAGGAUCUGGGGAUGCUGUCGGGUUCUUCGGGGACCUGUUGUCCCUGGUGUGCCAGAGUUUGUCCAUGGUGGACAUGGUGUUGCUACUUCAUGGUAACGCCCAGCCACUCAGCCGGAUCCAGCCUCAGCUCACUGACUUCUUCAGCCAGCACUAUCUGCAGGGUGGAGAGCCUACGGACGCCAGUAUCAGCGCAGCCUCCGAGGAGCUCAUCAAUGGUUUGGAGGAGUACAUAGCAGAGAGCUUUGCUACGGUGACCGUGAGGGAAGGAGUGGACAUCAUUCAGACCAACAUCUCUUUCCUUAGACAGCAGUUCACACACAUGGCCGCCCACAUUCUUCGCUGCACAGACCACACAUUUGGACCCCGCCUGCUGUUACUCUGCACCCAGGGUCUGUUUGAAUGUCUGGCUCUCAACCUGUACUGUCUCCGAGGGGAACAGAGAGCUCUCACCCAAGUCAUCAACCAGCGCAUUAGGAGGAUGUCCGCAGAGGUCAACCCCAGCCUGGUCAACUGGCUGACCAGUAUGAUGUCCAUGAGACUUCAGGUCAUCCUGGAGCACAACCCGGUCACCCAGAACCAGAUCCAGCACUACGUCAUCCACACACGUCCAGCGGGGCCUGGGGCUGGGCAGCACACUGACAACCACAACGUGGAGAUGGAGGAAGGUCUGUCCCCGGCACCAGCCACCACGGCAGAGGAGGCCAUGGCUUCGUCAGGGGACAGGCAGGAGGUCGGUGGAGCGCCCCCCGGGGAGACCACCCCUCUGCGGAGAGCGUCAUCAGGGGAGACUAGAGGAAGUGUUGCCAUGGCGGCAGGGGGAAGGGAGGAGUCGGGAGGAGACGUGGAGUCCUGGGCAGCUGUGGUACCCCCCGAGUGGGUUCCCAUCAUCAGACAUGACAUGCUGUCUCAGAGGAAGAUGAAGGCCCAACCCCCUCUGUCUGACGCCUAUCUCCACGGAAUGCCUGCUAAGAGGAGGAAGACCCACCAGGGGGAUGAGCCUCACCUGUCCCUGUCUGAGGCAGUGAGCCGGGCUGCCAGGACAGCAGGAGUCAGACCCGUCAGUACCCCAGGCAGCCUCCAGGAGGAGCUAGAGGAUCCGGAGCUACAGGAGGCCUACCAACAACAGGUGAAGAGCGACAUCAAGGAUAGAGUGAGGGAUGACCCAGACUUCAGCUCCCAACGUUUCCCCAACACACACCGCGCUUUCCCUCUAGAUGACUCCUAAAUCUCAUUGGUCCUCAGACCUGUUAGCUGCCCCAUCUAGUCAAUUCUCUCCUGGAAUACUUGUGACCUGAUUGGUCACCGCACCUGUCUGUAACCCCAUCUAGUCUAGACAUUUCUGUCCUCAUCAUCCUGUAAAAUGUAUCUCUCCUGGCUGUUGGAUUAUUGUUGUAAGCUUUCUCAAAAAGCAAAGAAAACACACGUCUUACACUUCAGCUCUGCUACAUAAGUUGCCGUUAACAUUGUGUCAAUGUGGCGUUCGACCUGCGACUGCAGAAUUAUUAUUUUUAUCAUAUCAAUUUACCGGACAACCUCAGUCAUCAAGAGUAAAAGCGUGGCGAUUCUUGAGCCUGACUUUUAGACACGACUCACCACAGACUGUGUGGAAACUAAACACUCUCUCAGUGGGUGAUGGCGAUGUCUGACCCCCUAACGGCUGUUGGCAGUUAGGCCCUUCUUUCUCAUUGAGCUGCCAAGGAAAAAGACAAUCAUUGCUAAACGGGAGCUUAACCUGUCUGUCACUUAUUAAUGGAAAAUGUUAUUCUCCCAGAGUGGUACUUCCCACAAUGCACCACAUUUCUUUCCCAUCAAGCUCAUUCCUUACUGGUUGUCAUGUUUGUUGGUCCCUAUGAGCUUGUUGUAACUUGUAAAUUAGCACAAAUUGUACAUUGUAUUAAUAAGCUGAUGUAAUAAUGUUGUGGUGAUAAUGCAACAGAUAUUCCUUAGUAAGAAACUAAGUUUCCAUAGACAGUUUUUUGUAUGUUUAGAUCCUGACUAGAGAUGAACUUGAGACCGAUUCUACCUGUAUGCUAGGCUUGUUCAAACCAUUGUACUGCUUGCAAGUGAAAUGGGUAUGCUGGUCCAACAAGACCAGCAUGCUUUCAGACUAGAGGUUGGGAAAGGUCAAGAGGGUAGGAGUCACUUUUUGUGUUCAGCUAUUGAGUACAGAGCUCAAUGGUGUUUUAACCAUAAUUGCUAAGUUGUAAGAUUAACUGCCAUAAUCAAAACAAUAAAAGAAAUGUGUCAUUGCAUAUGAAAAAAUUUCUCUCCAGGUAACCACAGCUCUGAUUUCUAGAACCUGAUAGUUGUAAAAUGUUGAAUGCUCUGUAACUUGUGAACUUAACUUUGAAAUAAAUAUUACUUCUGGA